AUGCCAGUCAAGCUCAUGCGAGAAACACCAUUCUUCAACAGAAAAACUCGUCAAAUAGCGUGGCGUUUGAUUGGCCGCAAUCCUCUGUGUGCUAAUAGCAAUGUUGGCCAAUAUCCUGACAAGAAAUUCUCGCGGGAGAGGUGGACACUUUUCAUCGGUAUCGAUGGCUUUAGAGUUAUUCGCGAAUCCAGGGGCAAUCUUACCCCCACACGUUUCUCGAUUCCCAGGAAGAACGCAAAAAGGCCGAACGGAUCUCAGCCUGAAGCUAAAUCCCUUCCAAUGCUUGGCGCUAAGGUUUCCUUUGGGGACAAGCAACUAAAAGAGAUGUUCUUUGCGGAAUUACUCGAGAAACCACUGGAUCCAUCCGUCCAUUCGAAUUUGGAUUAUUUGAAUCAUAUAGUUCAAAUCAUGCUCGAUAGGAAAAUGCUUUUCCCUUGGAUAACGCAGAAGGACGCAGCCUUAGUGCCCUUGGAUAAAUCGCCAGCAGUGUGGACUGAGUACUCGAAGAAGAUGUAUUAUGUGGGGGGUAAUGCAGAAGGCAGUGAUUUACCAGAAUGCCCAUUGUGUACUUCCCUUGAACACAUCUUUGACAUCCCACCACAAUCAUCUAUCAUGAAGAGAGGUUUCCUCAAUAGUACGAAGGUAAAACAGGCUGUGUCUACUGAAGCACCCCCUGCGCAGCUGGUCCAUGACAAUCAGGCUUCACCUUCUCCAUCUUAUCCAGUGGCGAGCGAAGACAAGUCGAAAGCAGAUACACCUGGUGACGAAUGUAAGAAGGCUUUGAAGGAAAAACAGAAGUUUUCUGAUUACAAGAAGGACCAACGAAUCGUGUAUCAUCUUUGCUUGGAUACGGAGGCUUCUGGACCAGGCGUAUUGUCAGCUAACCAACUCAUUGAGGACUCGCCUAGCGACAUGCUCACUUAUGAGCCCAGUGAACUGAUUUGUACCACUCAACCUGCCGUGCCCAUCGACGCCACACGUGAACAAUAUCCAGACGGCUGGACCGAAUGUCUCAUUACAGGCUUGAUGAAGCAAACAGUCUUGCAAACGCCCUCGUUUUGCCAACCUCUCUCACAGCCUGUCCAUAUCAGUUACCGUGUAGGAACAGCAUCCGUUCCCAAUGGUCCUACUUCGAAACCCCUUCCUGGGUUAUAUGCGACCAAGAAAUUAGAGAUGGGUGAUCUCAUCUUGUCAGAACGUCCAGUGCUUAUCGUGCCUGCGAUGAUGAGGGCCGGGGAGAUUUUUAGUGAAUUGCUCUCUCAAUUGGAUAACCAUGACCAGUCUAUAUUUGUGAGCAAUCAGUGGCGGGAAAAGUUGGAGACCGUUUUUGGGAGGUUGUCGAAAGAGGACCAGGAAGAGUUUUGGAAGUUGAGAGAUAUUCGUCAGAGGAAUGGAAAAAAGAGUAUUGAUGGCAUCGUCAAAGCGAAUGGGUUUGCGAUUUUGGGACUGGUUGACCCUGGACUGGAAGACAAUGACGGCGCAUAUAGUGGUGUUUUUCUUGUGUUGUCCCAGCUAAAUCACAGUUGUCGACCUAACGUGGAGCGGUACUGGGACAUGUCUUCAUUCUCCAUGCAGCUACGCGCGAUGCGGAAAAUAUCCAAUGACGAAGAACUCACUGUCUCGUAUAUUAACCAGCUAGAACCCUUCGCUGUCCGUCAGAAGAACUUGAAAUUAUUCGACAUUGUAUGCACCUGCCAAUCCUGCAAGAAGCCCAAGAUUGGAGACAGACGCAGCACGCAGUUUUUCAAAGGAAAACUAACCACCGACGAAUUCCUGAAUUGGAUCACAGACACUACUCUGUCCGAUGACCAUGUUAUCAAACGUGCUCUCGUCCAAAUCUCGCUUCUAGAGGAUGAUGGUCUCGAAGACUCGCCGUACUACCCGGAUAAUCUAAUGAUGAUCAUGCUUUGCUAUGUGGCGCUGGGGGACAGUGAGAAGGCAAUGAGGUGGGGGAAGAAGUUGGGUAAAUGGGAGUUGUGCAAGCAUGGGCCAAAGGAUGUGGAUAAUUAUGACAGGCCGCAGUGGUAUAUGAAGCAUCAGUGGUGGAAGUUGAGAGUCAUUGCGUGGAACAACCAAUGGGCUACUGCAAAUGCAAUGAAAGAGAAGAUGAAACAAGGAUGA